AUGCGGGAAAAAUGUCUAAUUGGAUGGGCCCUACUAGUUUCUCUCAGCUGUGUCGUCAAAUCGUUCAAUCUCGAUGUGAAUGCGCCGAUUUACAGGUUUGGUCCCAAAGGGACCAAUUUCGGAUACUCGGUUGCCGAGCAUUUUAAAGGAGAGAAGCCUGUAAUGCUAAUCGGUGCGCCACGUGGCGAGUCUGGACAAACGGGAACCGAACGAGCGGGUGCAAUGUACUCGUGCGAUAUCAACACAUUUUAUAAUACUGGAUCACAGCAUUGGUGUGAACAGGUGCGUUUCGAAUACGACAACUCUGAGGACUACGCGAAACGACCGAACGAGACACGAGGAAGGACGGUGCAUCCAUUGGGAAAGAAUGAUCAAUUGUUGGCAUCGACGAUUGUUUCAAAGGGAACCAAGAAUGGAAGUGCUCUGGUAUGUGCUCCUUUGAUUCGCUACCAUCAAACCGCCGCCUACCCUCAAGGCGCUUGCUACGAACUCGAAUCCAAUCUUCGUCUCCAAUCUACUUACUCAACAUGUGCUCAAAAGAAUCUUCCGACAACGGACAGACACAACGAGUAUGGAGGCUGUAUGGAAGGGUUCUCGGCGGCUAUCACUCAGGAUACCGUUGUGACUGGUCUGAUUGGAAGUGUAAAGUGGACGGGUGGUGUUUUCGCCAAGAAAUCGUCAGCUAGCAUUUUCGAUUCCGUCGUUGAAAAGUACACGAUGAAUCAGCCAGCAGAGGAUAGCAUUCGAACGCGACUCGUUGCUCAUGACUAUCUGGGAUAUUCAGUAGACAUCGGAAGAUUCGGAUUCUGGUAUGAAGAUGGGAAACCGAUUACUGUAGUUUCCGGAGCAACGAGAUAUGGCGAACAUGGAGCUGUGAUAUUCCUUCCGUUUAUUCAGGAUUCCAGUUCAAAACUGACUCUAAAUGAAGACAAGUUUAUCAUCAAUGGAACUGCAAUGGGAUCAGCAUUUGGAUAUUCAAUUGAGGUUGUUGAUUUGAACGGAGAUGGGUUUGAUGACCUAAUUGUUGGUGCUCCAUUUGAACAUCGGACUGGAAUCGAUGGAAAUUUCGGAGGAAUCGUCUACGUUUAUUUCUCUCAAGGAGUCCAAAGACAGAAACACGAAUCUCACCUGGUCUUCCAUCCCCCAAAAGUGAUCAAAAAUCCAGAUUUCUAUUCACAAUUUGGGUUAUCAAUUACAAAGUUAGGAAAUGUGGAUGGAGACAAAAAUGGGCUCAAUGAUUUUGCCGUUGGUGCGCCAUUUGCAUUCGAUGGAACCGGAGCGGUCUAUAUCUAUCUUGGAACCAAAAGUAUUGACAAAUUCCGCAAGAAGCCUGCUCAAGUGAUAAAGGGAAAUGAGUUGCCAAAUCUUCCAGAAGGAAUGAGAUCCUUUGGAUUCUCUCUAUCCGGUGGAUCUGAUAUGGAUGAGAAUGGUUAUCCAGAUCUUCUCGUUGGAUCUCCUUCUAAAAACUUUGUGGCUCUUCUUCGAGCUCGUCCAGUUAUUAGCAUAGAUGCCAAGCACAAAAUGCAGACCCGAAUGAUUGAUAUAGAUAAGGGUGUCAAUUGUCCACGUGGCUCCAAAACCUGUUUCCCUCUGGAAAUGGUGAUCUAUGUAGAUGAGGAGACAACGCGUGGUGCUGAACUCGUCGACUUCUCCUCUGACGUCUUCAUGUGUAAUCUUGAGGCGAUUCCGUAUCGAGCUGAUACCACUGCUCGUGGAUUUAUCGAAGGAAGUCAUUCACACAACUACACUUGGCCAUGUGGAAGUAACAGUCAUGUACAGAAGAGAACGUAUCGUCAGAAUAUUUAUUUGCCAAUUCAAGAAGCAAAAGACUGGAUUACUCCGCUCAAGUUCCGAUUCACAGUUAGCAUUCGAAACGAAAAGAAGCCGAUCCAACCCCCACAAGGAAGCCAAGUUGUCGAUUUGAAGCACUUCCCGGUGCUCAAUAAGUACGGAGCCUCUUACGAAUUCGAUGUUCCAUUCAACACACUUUGCGGAGAGGAUCACACGUGUCAGACGGAUUUGUCAUUGAAGGCAACCUUCAAGGAUAUUCCAUUAACCGCCAAUGGAUAUGUGUCAAAUGUCGGAGAAAAGGAUUAUCUUGAUGUGACAUUCACUGUUGAGAACAAAAAAGAAAAGGCUUAUCAAGCGAAUUUCUAUUUGGAAUAUAACGAGGAGGAGCUGGAAUUGCCUCAAGUGAACGGAGCAAAACGGAUGAUUGCCGAGACAAUUGGAAAGAAUAUUGUGCAUUUGCCACUUGGUAAUCCGAUGAAUGGAGGAUCCAAACAUCAUUUCACAAUUCAAUUCAAAUUGACACGUGGAAGGACAGAAGGCAUCGGGAAGGCUCUGAAAUUUGUGGCUCAUGUGAACUCAACGUCACAGGAGACUGAAGAGGAGUUGAAAGAUAAUAAGUGGGAAGCAGAGGUUCAGAUUAUUAAGAAAGCAGAGUUGGAAAUUUAUGGAAUCAGUACGCCGGAUAGAGUGUUCUUCGGAGGAAAAGCUAAAGCGGAAUCUGAACUUGAAUUGGAAGAAGAUAUCGGAACAAUGGUUAGACACAACUACACAAUCACUAAUCAUGGACCAUGGACUGUUAGAAAUGUGGUUGCGAAGUUCGAUUGGCCAUAUCAGGUUCAUUCAAGAUUUGGAAGAGGAAAAUGGGCACUGUAUCUUCUGGAUGUACCAACCAUCACCACUGAAUUCACAGAUGGAACCAGAGAAGUGAGGAAAUGCUCCAUCGAGCAGAAAUAUGAAUAUGUGAAUCCGGCGGAUAUCAAACUGAAUACAAAAUACAGUACACAAGAAACAACUCCCCACAGAAUUGAGCAUAGAUACAAACGAUCACUUGAUGAAGAGGAUGUGAAGUAUCAAGAGGAAUCUGGAGAACUCAGAACGUCUGAAGAAGAGGAAGAACGUGGAUUCAGGCAUACCCUUGCGAAAAUGUUCAAUUUCAAUUUCUUUGCUAGCGCCGAUGGUGGAAUCAAGAGAGAAGUUCAUAACUUGAGUUGCCAAGAAAAAACGGCUAACUGUUUCACCGUUGUCUGCCACUUCGAUUUCCUCGAUGCUAACUCUGCUAUCGUCGUCGAUUUCCGUGCUCGAUUAUGGAAUUCCACUUUUGUAGAAGAUUUUUCUGGUGUGGAAAGUGUAAAGGUCAAGUCAUUCGGACGAUUGGAAUUAGAUACUUCACAAGGGAUCGAUGACAAUCCGGAUAAUAAUCAAGCAUCAGUAACGACGUCAGCAGAUCCAGAUCGGCCUACAAUUGGUGACUCCCGACCCAUCCCGUGGUGGAUCAUUGUUGUAGCUGCUAUCAUCGGAUUCCUUAUCGUAUUUCUUAUCAGUUUUUGCCUAUAUAAAUGUGGUUUCUUCAAACGGAAACGCAUGGAUCAACCAUCAUUGUACACUGCUCAGUUACGACAUGAACGCGAGCAAUGGGCAGAUACAGGGCUAUAG